GUUCCAGAAACAUACUGACUCGGACCAUUGCUUCGUGAAUACGUGUGUUGGACUUCGUCGCAGUGCAAACCGAAGUAGGUGUGCAGUGUUAAUUAAUUGAACGAGGGUUUAAAAAAACUGUCAGAAUGAAAAUAAAACUGUUACUUGUGUUACUACUUUUUGCAAUCAUUUGUGUCGAAGGAAAGAAGCUUGGAAAAAGUCGUAGUCGUGGAUCAAGCCACAGCAGGAAAGCGAGCAAUCCUCAACCAACGUCAUCAAUAAGUAAUCCUCAGCCUGCCCCGAAACCUUCGUUGUUUGGAUGGCAGGAACGACCUGCCCAGCGAACACAAACGUCAUCAAGGAAAUCGAAUUCACAAAGCCAUUCGUAUCCGUCGAGUCAAACUGGGUUAUCUGGAAAUCAGGCUAAACCGCCUGCGCAUUCAUAUCCUUCAAGCCAGUCUGGUCUAUCUGGUGGCCCAGUACGCAAACAACAAGAUAAUAUACAAAGAAGCAGUGUACCACAGAGCUCAUCGGGUCAGCAUAUUAACAACCAGCAAGGCCACUCUUACCCUGCAUCUAACGGGUUAUCGGGAAGUGGUACCGGUGCAAGUUAUCCACAUCAACAAGGAAGCUUGUCUGGGGGUGCAGGGGGGGCAGCUCCACCCCCAUACAGCGCUGGAAAUUACCAUCAACAAGGACCACCGCCGCCUUAUUCGCAGUCAGGAGUUGGAUAUCCGAAACAGGCGCCUCCGCCCUAUAGUGCAGGAAACUAUCCAACAAAUAAUUUUGGAAAUAAUUACCAUCACCCGCAGGGUCCACCGCCAUCUUAUCAUGGCGGAUAUGGUGGAUAUGGAGGAUAUAACCCAAUGCGAACGCCGCAAAUGCCAGGUUAUUUUGGAAAUUCUGGCGGUUAUGGGGGCGUUAGUCGCUCAAGUAAUAUUUUGAAAGGUGUAGGUUUAGCAGGCGCUGGCGUAGGCACCAUUUUAACUGGGUUGGCUCUAUGGAACUUGGCUCGUUCUACUGGUCAUCAUCAUCACACGGUAAUUUAUGACAACAGGGGUCAACCUGUCGCAGUAGCACCUAAUAACAGUACAGAGCCUGUUGUAGAUCCUAUAUUGGGUGAUUUGGUUAAUUGUACUUUGACUAUAAGUACUGAUAAUGCAACAGAAGUACUUGCAAUACCAUGUGCCAUUGCUACUUCCUUUACUCCGGAAGCUGACGUAAAAGAUGGUAGCCCUGUCGACAAUCCGAACGAUAAUACCAAAUGUACAGUUACAGUGGUCACAAAAGCUGGUAGAGAAUUUAUGACUACUAUUCCAUGCUCGACUCUGCUGAACACUGCUGCGGAAAAUAAUGUUACUGAGCCUCCUAUAUUGGACAAUGCCCCGGAAAUGGUAAAUGGUAUGGUAGCUCCUCCUCCGGACACGUCCAAUUUAGGUCAACCCUCUGCACUGGGUUACUCCACUGCGCCAGACAGUAUUUCCCUGAACUGCACAGCUGAACAGGGUGAUGUUCGAGAUCCGAUUAAUCCAUGUUUCGCUGUAAAUAGUAAUUUAACUAUUAUACCAUUGCCCGUAACUGUUAACAGCUCUGCAUUGUUGACUACUCCAAGCAGUGCAUAGCUUUGUUAGCUUUUGUACACAAAAUAAUGUUUAUAAUUUUAAUAUAAUUUUUUCGAUUAGCUUCUGUAAUACUGUUUUAUAUUUAAUUUUAAUAUAAUUUUCAGUUUAACACCAAGUAAACCACAUUUCAUUUGGUAAUUAGUUAUUAACUCUGGGUAUCGUAAGGUAAUCGUCCUUUUAAAUUAAAUUUUUUUUUUAACAUCUGACGAUAUCUGCAAUAAUAAAUCGCCGAGAAUUCACGAUUUGAGUUUCAUUCCGAUGGAUGCCAUGUAGGACUAGGAUUUUUGCAGACCCUAACAAACCUAUGAACCUUGAAAACAUUAGCUUUAAAUUAGAUUGUUCCGUGAUGAAAUUUUAUCAGUGCUGCGUUUUUCAAAUAAGUAUAAGGUACUACUAAUAUGAAGUAGCAAAAAUUCUUAGCAACUAUGCAGUUCUUUGAACAAUAUUGAGUAGAGUCAUAUAUACAGUACAUUUUUCCUAUGGGGUAUCUAAAAUUCUCGUAUAAGU